AUGGAGUCCACCAAAGUCCAGUCAGAGGGUGGCCUCAAUGUCACCCUUACCAUCCGCCUCCUCAUGCAUGGAAAAGAGGUUGGAAGUAUAAUUGGCAAGAAAGGGGAAACAGUAAAAAAGAUGCGUGAAGAGAGCGGAGCACGGAUCAAUAUUUCUGAGGGCAACUGUCCAGAGAGGAUUGUAACCAUCACUGGACCAACAGACACCAUCUUCAAGGCUUUUGCUAUGAUUGCCUACAAAUUUGAGGAGGACAUAAUCAAUUCCAUGAGCAACAGCCCAGCAACCAGCAAGCCCCCAGUCACCUUAAGGCUUGUAGUGCCAGCCAGCCAGUGUGGCUCCCUCAUAGGAAAAGGAGGCUCCAAAAUAAAAGAAAUGAGAGAGUCCACAGGGGCCCAGGUUCAGGUGGCAGGGGACAUGCUGCCCAACUCCACAGAGCGUGCAGUGACAAUCUCUGGGACCCCAGAAGCCAUCAUCCAGUGUGUCAAACAAAUCUGUGUGGUCAUGCUGGAGUCUCCACCAAAAGGUGCGACCAUCCCUUAUCGCCCGAAGCCCGCCUCCACCCCAGUCAUUUUUUCUGGUGGCCAGGCCUACACAAUUCAGGGACAGUACGCCAUUCCACACCCAGAUCAGUUGACCAAGCUCCACCAGUUGGCUAUGCAGCAAACCCCCUUUACCCCUCUCGGACAGACCACCCCUGCUUUCCCUGGUACAAGGUUUCAUCUCUCUUUGUUAGAAAGUGAAAUCUCCUUUCUUAUCCGAUUGCUCACCAAUUCAGGUUUGGAUGCCAGUCCACCUGCCAGCACCCAUGAACUCACCAUUCCUAAUGAUCUAAUAGGCUGCAUUAUUGGGCGCCAAGGAACCAAAAUAAAUGAGAUUCGACAGAUGUCUGGGGCGCAGAUCAAAAUUGCAAACGCCAUGGAGGGCUCAUCAGAGCGCCAGAUCACCAUCACAGGGACCCCUGCUAACAUCAGCCUGGCCCAGUAUCUCAUCAAUGCCAGGCUGACGUCUGAAGUCACUGGAAUGGGCACACUCUAA